GCGGCGGCGGUGGCGGCGGCGGCGGCGGUGGCGGCGGCAGCGGGUCGGUGUAGAAAAUGGCGCUGGUGCAGCGGCUCGGGCCUCUCCCCGCGGCGCUGCGGAGGGCUUGAGGCUCGCGAGCCUCACUCGCCGCGCCCCACUUGCUCGUGCACUUUACACACAUGAGAGAAUUGGAAGCUAAAGCUACCAAAGACGUAGAAAGGAAUCUUAGCAGGGAUUUAGUGCAAGAAGAAGAACAGUUGAUGGAAGAAAAGAAAAAGAAAAAAGACGACAAGAAAAAGAAGGAAGCUGCUCAAAAGAAGGCCACUGAACAAAAAAUCAAAGUGCCAGAACAGAUAAAGCCCAGUGUAAGCCAGCCUCAGCCUGCCAACUCUAAUAACGGCACUUCCACAGCAACCAGCACUAAUAAUAAUGCCAAGCGAGCCACAGCCAACAAUCAGCAGCAGCAGCAACAGCAGCAACAACCGCAGCAGCCGCAGCAGCCACAGCAGCCGCCACAGCAGCAGCAGCAGCAACAGCAGCAGCAACAGCAGCAGCAGCAGCAGCAGCCGCCACAGGCCUUGCCUCGGUAUCCUCGUGAAGUACCACCUCGAUUUCGCCACCAGGAACAUAAACAGCUUCUAAAGAGGGGUCAGCAUUUUCCUGUCAUAGCAGCAAACCUGGGAUCUGCUGUUAAAGUGUUAAGCAGCCAGUCAGAAAGCAGUGCUUUAACAAAUCAACAGCCACAGAGUAACGGAGAGGUGCAGAACAGCAAAGCCCAGUCAGAUAUUAACCACAGUACUUCAGGAUCCCAUUAUGAAAAUUUGCAGCGGGGACCUGUGUCUUCUACAAGUGACUCUAGCACAAACUGUAAGAAUGCUGUUGUAAACGACUCCCCUGAAAAAGAAGCAUGGCCCUCAGUCCCUGGCAGUGAUCCAGAGUUGGCUUCAGAAUGUAUGGAUGCUGAUUCUGCUUCCAGUUCUGAAUCAGAGCGAAACAUCACUAUCAUGGCUUCAGGGAGCACAGGUGGCGAAAAAGAUGGCCUUCGGAAUAGCACUGGACUUGGAUCCCAAAACAAGUUUGUGGUUGGUAGCAGCAGCAAUAAUGUAGGCCAUGGAAGUAGUACUGGGCCAUGGGGUUUUUCCCAUGGAGCCAUAAUAAGCACAUGUCAGGUCUCUGUGGAUGCUCCUGAAAGCAAAUCAGAAAGUAGCAACAAUAGAAUGAAUGCUUGGGGCACUGUAAGUUCUUCAUCAAAUGGAGGGUUAAAUCCAAGCACUUUGAAUUCAGCUAGCAACCAUGGUGCCUGGCCAGUAUUAGAGAACAAUGGACUUGCCCUAAAAGGGCCUGUAGGGAGUGGUAGUUCUGGCAUCAAUAUUCAGUGCAGUACCUUAGGCCAGAUGCCUAACAAUCAGAGUAUUAACUCUAAAGUGGGUGGUUCUUCUACCCAUGGUACCUGGGGAAGCCUUCAGGAAACUUGUGAAUCUGAAGUAAGUGGUACACAGAAGGUUUCAUUCAGUGGUCAACCUCAAAAUAUUACCACUGAAAUGACUGGACCAAAUAACACUACUAACUUUAUGACCUCUAGUUUACCAAACUCCGGUUCAGUACAAAAUAAUGAACUGCCUAGUAAUACAGGGGCCUGGCGUGUGAGCACAAUGAAUCAUCCUCAGAUACAGGCUCCAUCGGUUAUGAAUGGCACUUCCCUUUCUCACCUUAGCAAUGGAGAGUCAAAAAGUGGAGGCUCUUACGGUACUACAUGGGGUGCCUAUGGUUCUAAUUACUCUGGAGACAAAUGUUCAAGCCCUAAUGGCCAAGCUAAUGGUGACACUGUGAAUGCAACUCUAAUGCAGCCUGGCAUAAAUGGGCCUAUGGGCACUAACUUUCAAGUUAACACAAAUAAAGGAGGAGGUGUGUGGGAGUCUGGGACAGCGAAUUCCCAGAGUGCAUCAUGGGGAAAUGGAAAUGGUGCAAAUUCUGGCGGAAGUCGAAGAGGAUGGGGAGCUCCUGCACAAAACACUGGCACUAACAUACCCAGCGUGGAAUGGAACAAACUGCCUAGCAAUCAGCAUUCCAAUGACAGUGCAAAUGGCAAUGGUAAGAAGUUUACAAAUGGAUGGAAAUCUACUGAGGAAGAGGAUCAGGGUUCUGCCACAUCUCAGACAAAUGAGCAAAACAGUGUGUGGGCCAAAACAGGAGGUACAGUGGAGAGCGAAGGUAGUACAGAAAGCACUGGACGCCUCGAGGAAAAAGGAACUGGGGAAAAUCAGAGUAGAGAUAGAAGAAAAAUUGAUCAGCACACAUUACUCCAAAGCAUUGUAAACAGAACUGACUUAGAUCCACGUGUCCUCUCCAACUCUGGUUGGGGACAGACUCCUAUUAAGCAGAAUACUGCCUGGGAUACGGAAACAUCACCUAGAGGGGAAAGAAAGACUGACAAUGGGACAGAGGCCUGGGGAAGCUCUGCAACACAGACUUUUAACUCAGGGGCAUGUAUAGAGAAGACUAGCCCUAAUAGUAAUGA